GGGGCACGUGUUUUAGCGCAGCGGUCCCGGUGAUGCCGCCAUCCCGGGCCGGUUCGGCGAGCGGGAGACCCCCGAUCCCACGGCUGGGCAUUCCCGGGUCCGAGCCCCUGGAUGGGCAUUCCCGGAUCCCUUACUGGGAUUAUCGCAGCGAGAGCUUUUUUGGGGCCGCUGUGCAAAUUCUGUGCGAAGGGAAAGGCUUUGCCCUCCCAGAGCGGGGUGAGCUCUCCAGACACGGCUGUGGUUUGGUUUAUCCUGUGGGACGUGCAGGUCUGGUCCGGCUCUUCCAUAAAUCCCGGCACACAGGUUGUGCAGUCUCUGCUGCCUGAAGCAGCUCGGGGGCAAAACGCUGCUUUGCCCAAAGCUACAGGGAGUCAUCCCUGAGCUCCUGAAAUCCUGUGCUUAGUCGUCCUCUCUGUGGUUGAGUGGAAGUUCACGUUCCAUAGACACAUUACUGGGAUGGAUCCAGGCCAUGGAUUCUCCCUAUGCCAACGGAGCCUACAGCCCCCCGUACCCGCACUACCCCAGCCUGCCCCAGGCACGGGGGUUCUACUGCUCGGGGCCCCCCCGUGCCCCCUACCCCCCGGAGCCCACGGGCCUGUACCGGCCUCCAUCGCCCGCUCCCGCCUGGAGCUACGUGUCCCCGGAGUGUCCCGCCGAGGGCUCCGCGCUCCGGAGGCAGCAGGUCCCUGGCUACUCCCCACCACAGACCCCGGGAAUGCCGAUCCCGCAGUAUCCGUAUGGAGACAGCAGUGCAGGGGUCACGGCACAGGGGCCUGUGCCACAGCCCAGAGCCCCAGAGGACACAUGGGGCCCCCCCUCAGUGUAUGGGGUGCAGCCACGUUACGCCUGGCCCACGGCCCCGGGGCACGGGAACCUGUACGUGUCCGACUCACACCCGUCCUGGACCAACAGUGGGGCUCCUUCCCACCCUCCCGCCUGGGACUCACAGGACUCUGCCUACGACAGACCCGAGCAGAGCCCGAGCCAGCACAGCUACUACUCCGAGGUGAACCAGCAGCCCUCGGGGCCGGUGGGGGAGCCCAGGCCGGCCCAGCCCCGGGUGCAGUACAGUGCCCAGCCCCAGCUGUACGACCUCGCCCCGCGCCGGCCCGCCAGCCGGGAGCCCGGAGCCAAACCUGCCGACCCCCCUCCUGCAAAUCCCACAGCCAUCCAGCCCGAGAUCCAGAGGAUCCUCCACGUCAUGGGGCAGGCUGAGCAGCUGGAGGAAGAGGUGGAUGAGUUUGUAGGGAAAAAGACAGAUAAAUCUUACCGGCUCCUGGAGGAGAUGUUGACCAAGCUGCUGCUGGAGCUGGAUUCCAUCGAGACUGGGGGCCAGGACAGUGUCCGGCAGGCCAGGAAAGAGUCCGUCCACAGAAUUCAGGCCAUACUGGAAAAACUGGAAAGAAAGGGAUUGUGAAAGCACAUCAGCCACAACACACGGCCUGUUGUUGAGGUUCCAAAGAGUUUCAGUUCUCUUAAAUCUCAGCUCUUUCUGCUACGCACUACUGACAAUGGAAAAUAGCAAUAAGCCCUGAGUUAACAAUCAAAACAAACCCACGAAAAAGCCACCCCAGAAGCCCAGCCCUGACAGACAACUUGGCAAAGGACAAAUUGAGAGAGGUUUGAAGAAGCAAACGUCAUUAAUGAAGAUGUUGAAGAGGACUGGGCUGAGGAUGGAGCCCUGUGGGGCUGUGUACAGAAUUCCCCAGACCAGGCCCAAUCUCUGGGUGCCUCCUGCAGCUACAGUCUUUAAACACUUGCCAGAUGUGCUGCAACGUGCAGCCACCAACCAAGACUCAGGGCUUGUCCUCACUGCCUGUGUUUUCAGCUUCAGCUCCCUCACCAUAAAGCCCGUGUGUCCUCGUGGGGGUUGUUUGGCUUUAGUGCACUCAAGGAGUGACACCGAAGUGCUGGAGGGGGGCACUGUGCUGGCACAUCACGUCGGGCUGUUCCUCCUCUGAGGUGAGAAGCCAGUCUGGGGUGUCCCUGUGGACUUAGGAACACAGACUGGAAAUCCCAGUUCUGCCACUGGAAAGGAGAGGUGCAAGCGGAGGAAUGAUGUCAGAACAGAUGCAGGGGGUUUGGAAUUGAUUUCCAGGUCACUUGGGUAAAAAUCCCGUUUAAUGUCCCUCUCAUCCUGUGAGUUUUGUGUCCCACUGCACAGCGGGGAGGGAACAGCUCAGCCUGUUUCAGCCUCCUGGUUACAACGUGCUCAGUGACUCAUUGCUGUGUGUGACACUUAAUAAACCCUGACAAGUUUUAAAUGUUAUUUUGUAA